AUGAUAGAUAAAAACCAGCAAGAGAGACAGGAAAUACUAGGAUUUAUUUUUCUAAAAAAAUUGUAGCUUCUUGAGAAAGAGCUCUGCCUUGGAUACAAUCAGAGUUGUCCCGGACUAUAUUCCGGGGCAGAGACGCCUCUUUCUCAAGUAGUUGAAAAGGCCAUACGUAGAUAUGGCUUUUCAAGAUUUUGAUCUCAUAGAAGAACGCAAUAAAAUCACCAGAAGAAACAAGACGAGAAAGAUUAUUACAAUUUCAGUUGUUGUUGCCGUUGCAAUUAUAGGAAUUGUGGUUGCGGCAGUUUUUGUAACCAUGAACGAAAAUGAUGGAAAAAAUGAUAAAUCAACCUCAAAAAAUCAACACAAUCAGCACCAUAAGCAGGAUCAGCACAAACAACAGGAUCAGCAGAAGCAGAAGGAUCAGCACCCCAAGCAGGAUCAGCACCCCAAGCAAGAUCAGAAACCCAAGCAGGAUCAGCAACCCAAGCAGGACUCACCGGUAUCAUCAAAAUUGGUGAGUACAAUUUGUGCUGCCACAGAUUUUAAGGAAACCUGCGAGAACCACCUUCAAAAAGUGGCACAAUCAAACUCCUCUGCUGAACCAAAAGACUUCCUUAAGUCUGCAAUAACCGUUGUCUCGGAUGAGCUUGACAAGGCAAUGGACGAGGCUUCCAACAUCACUUUUGACAGCCCUAAAAUGCAAGCCGCCUUCGAGGUAUGUAAAUUGGUGAUGGAAGAUGCCAAAGAAGAAAUAACUAGCUCAGCUUCAUCUCUUGACGUAGAUGAUCUAGGAAAACUUGCUUCAGAAACCAAUGACUUGGAGAUCUGGUUAAGCGCUGUCAUGUCUUACCAACAACUCUGCAUUGAUUCAAUUCCAGAAGGCGAACAAAAAACUAAAAUAGAAAAUGCCUUCACGACAUCAAAAGAACUUACUAGCAAUUCACUUGCCCUUGUGUCUCACAUGUCUUCAGCAUCUGAUAAAUUCAGUUCCCGCCGUCUAAUGUCAAAUGACAAUCUUCCCACUUGGACGAGCGAGGAAGACAGGAGGCUGUUAAAGGCUGAUGCAGAAAAGCCAACACCUAAUGUUACCGUUGCUAAAGAUGGUAGUGGAAAUUUUACAACGAUCAAUGAUGCAUUAGCAGCAUUGCCAAAGGACUACCAAGGAAGGUUUGUCAUUUACAUUAAAGAAGGAACAUAUGAGGAGACCGUCGAGGUUACCAAGAAGAUGGUAAACAUUACAAUGUUUGGUGAUGGAUCCCAAAAAACAAUAAUUACUGGGAACAAAAAUUAUGUUGAUGGAGUUCCAACCUUCAAAACUGCCACUUUUGCGGCUGUUGGAGAAGGCUUUAUGGCUCAGUCUAUUGGAUUCAGAAACACUGCAGGACCAGAAAAGCAUCAAGCAGUAGCCUUGAGAGUACAAUCAGACCGUUCAAUUUUCAUUAACUGUCGAAUGGAGGCAUACCAGGAUACCCUCUAUGCUCAAACACAUCGUCAAUUCUAUCGUGGGUGUUACAUUACAGGCACCAUAGACUUCAUCUUUGGUGAUGCAGCUGCAAUUUUCCAAACAUGCAAUAUCUAUGUCAGGAAGCCUAUGGACAACCAAAAGAACAUUGUAACCGCUCAAGGAAGAGCAGAUAAGCGUGAAACUACUGGAAUCGUGUUACAGGGCUGUCACAUUAUGGCAGAUGAUGAUCUGAAAGCAGAUCAAUCCCAGUUCAAGACUUAUCUUGGCAGACCCUGGAAAGAGUAUUCAAGAACAGUCGUGAUGGAAACUGAAAUUGAAGAUGUGAUCGAUCCUGCAGGAUGGCUAGAAUGGCAAGGAGACUUCGGGUUGCAAACUCUGUACUACGCAGAGUAUAACAAUAAAGGUCCAGGGGCUGAGACCAAGGACAGAGUAAAGUGGCCUGGUGUUAAAGUGAUUGAAAAGGAUGAAGCUAAUCAAUUUACUGUAAGCAGUUUUCUACAAGGUGAGAGCUGGUUGAAAGGUGAUCACAUUGGUGUUCCUGUUCGUUUCACCCUUUCAGAGUAGUGUGAUUCUGCGGUGCAUGUUUUUCUUAAGCACGUAUAUAAGUCGAACCUUCAUCAUGGAUUUGGAGUUUCGAGUGAGAUUAAGAAACAAAAUCAUUGUUAAAUGAAGUCAUAAGUUUACAUCAAUUUUGUCUAAACACUAGUAGUUUUGGUUUUUGAUUUUCAAAGCAAGGACUGUCUAAUGUCUAUGCUAGCUCAUCUUCUAUAUAUAAGCCUAUCUUUCCAUUCA